GGAGUGGGCCAGCCCUGGGCGGCGGCGCGGCGUCCAGCAAGGCCAGCCGGUGCGGCUGGUGAGGCGCCCUCACCUCAGGAGGCUUAGUUCCCCGCGGGUCCGCCCGUUCCCGGUCGUCCAACCGCAGCGGUUUUGCAGCGUUUCCCGUCUCAUUCGCGGGUCGCGUCCUCCCUUCCCUCCACGCCGCAGCCAGCGUGGCCGCAGCUGCCUCACCCUCGCCUCGCCUCUGCCGCUCCGGGCACUGUCCGGCUCUUUUGCUUUUAGUCUCCCUUUCCUGGCUUCUAACUCUUGCUGAUUCUGUAAGGGGUAGCGCAGCUAAUGGACGUGCCAGGCCAAACGUUUUUUGAUAGGCAGUUGAGGACUUUCCCAAGGGCGGCGGGUGGAGGGCGAGGCUGCCAGCCUCCUAAAGCCAGCGCGCACGGACCCCCAGGAGCCUGGCGCUGCCAUCGGGUCGGAAGGAGGGUCCUCGGCCCCACUCUGUGCUGUGUGGCGGACUCUUCCCGCCCAAAACCGGCCCCCAGGUUCCCAUUCGCUAACAGCUCACACUUCCACAGUCCCGUUUUUUUUUUUAGUUUUUUUGUGUUUUUUUUAGCAAGUUGUAUAAAGUUGAAAGCUCUUGUUUUGUUUUUUGUUUUAAUUCCAAAUAUACCUCUUAAAAGGAAUGUACUCAAUAGUAUUCUAAUUUGUUGGAGGAGGAGCUCUGAUUAUGCCUUCAGUCAAUGAGAGUCAGCGGUUUUCCUAGUUCGUGCAUGAUCAGCAAAGAAAUAUGGAGUAUCUUGGCUGAAUCGUCACACAGACAAGAACAUUAUGGUCCUGGUUGAAAAAGUAACAUGGUAGUGAGGAAACAAGGGAGAAAACCCAGAAGCAAAAGAAAAAAUUGCCACUACAGGUGUGUGUGCAAGACUGCUGCUGCAUCAAAAGCCUAAACCCAACCAUAUCUUGGGAAAAGAAUGGCCACUUCCUGGAGUGCAAUCUUUUUCAUGCUGGUGGUAUCCUGUGUUUGCAGCACUGUCUUCCACAGGGACCAGCAGACUUGGUUUGAGGGUGUCUUCCUGUCUUCCAUGUGCCCCAUCAAUGUCAGUGCCAGCACCUUGUAUGGAAUUAUGUUUGAUGCAGGGAGCACUGGAACUCGAAUUCAUGUUUACACCUUUGUGCAGAAAACACCAGGACAGCUUCCAAUUCUAGAAGGGGAAAUUUUUGAUUCUGUGAAGCCAGGACUUUCUGCUUUUGUAGAUCAACCUAAGCAGGGUGCUGAGACUGUUCAAGGACUCUUAGAGGUGGCUAAAGACUCAAUCCCCCGAAGUCACUGGAAGACGACCCCAGUGGUCCUGAAGGCAACAGCGGGACUGCGCUUAUUGCCAGAACGGAAAGCCCAGGCUCUGCUCUUUGAGGUAAAGGAGAUCUUCAGGAAGUCACCUUUCCUGGUACCAAAGGACAGUGUUAGCAUCAUGGACGGAUCCUAUGAAGGCAUAUUAGCUUGGGUUACUGUGAAUUUUCUGACAGGUCAGCUGCAUGGCCACAGCCAAGAGACCGUGGGGACCCUGGACCUGGGGGGGGCCUCCACCCAAAUCACGUUCCUGCCCCAGUUUAAGAAAACCCUGGAACAAACACCUAGGGGCUACCUCACUUCCUUUGAGAUGUUUAACAGUACUUAUAAGCUCUACACACACAGUUACUUGGGAUUUGGAUUGAAAGCUGCAAGACUAGCAACUCUGGGAGCCCUGGAGACACAAGGGAUUGAUGGACACACUUUCCGAAGUGCUUGUCUACCGAGAUGGUUGGAAGCAGAGUGGAUCUUUGGAGGUGUGAAAUACCAGUAUGGUGGCAACCAAGAAGGGGAGAUGGGCUUUGAGCCCUGCUAUGCCGAAGUCCUGAGGGUGGUACAAGGAAAACUUCACCAGCCAGAAGAAAUCCAGAGAAGCUCCUUCUAUGCUUUCUCUUAUUAUUAUGAUCGAGCUGUUGACACAGACAUGAUUGAUUAUGAAAAGGGGGGUGUUUUAAAAGUUGAAGAUUUUGAAAGAAAGGCCAGAGAAGUUUGUGAUAACUUGGAAAACUUCACCUCUGGCAGUCCUUUUCUGUGCAUGGACCUAGCCUAUAUCACAGCCCUGUUAAAGGAUGGCUUUGGCUUUGCAGACAGCACCAUCUUACAGCUCACAAAGAAAGUGAACAACAUAGAAACAGGUUGGGCCUUGGGGGCCACCUUUCACCUGUUGCAGUCUCUGGGCAUUUCCCACUGAGGACACGCACUUCCUCUGAGGCCUCCAUUUGCCAACAACCUUUUUAAAGGGAGAAGGAGAGUCAUUUUCUGAGCUAGUCUGGGGGACAACCUGGACUGAAGCCCAGCAGCUAGCUUUAUCAGGAGAAAAGGAGCUUUUGUAGAUGGAUCUUGUCCUUGAGUCUAGAAAUUUGAGUUUAAUUUAGUUUUACACAUUUAAUGUGAACUGCUACCUAAACACUCAGCAUGCACAGUUGGCACCAGAAGAGUCUAAAUCUUUUGAAAUUCUUUGUGUGUCACAGAGAGCCCUGUGAGCCAAAAAGUAUAGCUUUGGAACUCAACCUUGGAGAACCCAGGGAACCAAAGAAAAAUCUCAUUUCAACCCUUUGAGUGCCUCAUACCUUAAACAUUUUAAUUUUCCUCUUAUAUGCUAUAUUAAGCUGAUUUAUUGCAAUCCCAUGACCUAGCAAUACCAGUAUUUUUCUCCUCCCUGUACACUGCCUACCCUUAUCUGCAUAUACCUCCCCCCAAAAGAGAAAAAAAUACCUGUUUUUGCUUUCCAUGUAUAAUUCCCACCCCCCCAAAAAUGGUACCAUGUCAGAAUUUGUGAUCUUGUUCUGUGCUAGCUCCAAUCAGCCAGUGGAGAGCCAUCCUAAAUGGUAAUAGGAUGGAGAGUAGCUCCUAACUGUGCAUAGCUCGCAGCCUUAAGAAAGGACGACAUCCAGUGUCUGGAGACAUGUCGUGGGAGGCUAUAGCUGCCUCAUGUAGCCUAUCUCCUGUAAUCAACUUUUUAUCAUUCAACUCUGGGAUUAAUGAACAUAUCCAAUCUUAUGUGUGUAUUUAGUGUCAGUACCACCUCCUAGGCUAAUGUGUUUAUAGUAUUUUCCAUGAACUAAACUUGUUUUCUUUGUAUUUCUAAGAAUAGAACUAUAGUAACUAUACCCUACCUUGUGGUCUGUGGUGAGAGGUCAGUGUUUGUGCUAUCCUAGCAUCUAUAAAUUUUGGUCAUAGCCUCUUUCAGAUUACCCUUUUAUGCUGUCUGUUUAUAGCAGUAUCUUCUGCCCUGGCUCCUGAGCAGUUUAGCUAAUAUCCUCUGAAUUAUUUGUUUAGUACCAGGAUUUCCAAUUCUCCUCCCAAUAAUCCUCCACAUUUGAUUUGGUGGCUCUUUUGGUCCACAUCAGUACAGUGGGCUAGCAUCUCCAGAAAGAGCCAUGUUUAAUGACUCUCAAGUUCUCUUUUUGAGUCUGAAGGCUCAGAACUCAAUUGUUUCCCCUCAAAUUCAUUUAUCUUGUACUUUCCCACAUAGUAGUUAUCUGCUUCUUGUCCACCUACUCUGAUGCCCUUAGACUUGGAAGAUCUUCCUGUGGUCUGGCUCCUCCUUUACCUCUACCUUCUUUCCAGGAGAGAUAUCUCCCCAAACAGUGGACUCCCUUUCAUUCUGCUUUCUCACAAAGAAUAUUAAAUGCACCUGGCCUUCACACCAGGUCCUGGGGAACCUCCAUUGCAUCAAAUAUUUAAUAUCUGCUCUGUGUAAGAAACUAAGCAAAUUUCUGUGUCCUUAUCCCCCAGAUUUUGUUUUUUUAAUUCAAUGUGGAAUUUCUUAAAACUUUUCACACUA